AUGUCUUAUUCUCAACCUCCCAAAAUUCCACAAGAUCGCACAGAGACAUCUGGUGUGGGUACCGGCCAUAAGGAUGACUCGACAUCUCGUCAUGGAGUAGCCUUGUCAUCAAGUAAUGCUACACUCUGUCAUCCCGGAGAGCACAACGAAAAGGCCAGCCCCGAUGUUUCCCCGAAACCUGGUCCCUCUCAGCUGCCCACUUCACAUCCCUCAACCAAUCAUCAUCUCCCUCAUCGGGCUCCUCAGCCACCACCUGUCCCUCCUAUCGGUGUCGUAUCGGUCUUUGACCCCGCCUCGCUGGGUGGCGGUGGCCCCCUCAAACGAAUCGAGACUCAACGAAGCGAGCGAUACGCUGAAGAAGAGAGGGAACGGGAAGCUCGUGAGGAGGCUGGCGAGACUGGCAAAGGCGGCAUCCUUCAACGAUGGUCAACGGUUUCCAGACGACGACCUGUCGUAGUCCUGCCCCCGCAUUCUCAGCGACAUAGUGAAGACGAGUCCUCGCCCAUCGAAGGUGAAAAAGUUGCUCGACGCUUGUCCACGGCGUUCAGCUUCAAGACACCCGUGGCCACGCCAGCUCCACGCGAAAAAGACGACGACUAUAGGUUCCCUUCCGAAAACGACACUGAGCCCCAGACUUCCGAGGAAGAGGCGGAGGAACAUGAAUAUCCCGACGGAGGAUAUGGCUGGGUCGUGCUUGGCGCUUGUUGCUGCCUCUCAGGAUGCACCUUGGGCUGGGGUAUGUGCUACGGUGUCUUUCAAGAGUACUACCUCAGCAAUGUCUACCUAGACGCCGACACCUCUGUUUUAUCUCUAGCUGGUACCCUGUGUGCAUUCAUGAUGAAUGCCACUUCUUUCUUUUCUGGAAGAUAUGGAGAUCGCUUUGGUUUCAAGCGAGUGCUCUACUGCUCAGCUAUAGUCUCAUGGCUGGGCCUGUUCCUGGCUGGCUGGUCUACCAAGCUUUGGCAAACAAUCUUAACCCAAGGUCUACUGACAGGGAUAGGACAAGGCUUAGCUCUGCCCCUCUUUAUGUCUCUGCCAUCUCAGUGGUUUUACCGCCGACGCGGUCUUUCCAGUGGUAUUGCGAUUGGAGGUGCUGGUCUUGGCGGCGGUACAGCAACUCUGGUAUGCAGACAACUCUUGACGACUGUGGGACACAAGAAGACGCUGUGGAUAAUGGCAUGUAUCAACCUUUUCUUCAUGACCGUGUCCACUAUGCUGGUCAGGACCCGACCCACCUCACUUGAGGGUCGGGCUACCGGGAAAGGACCGUGGGUGGACUGGAGGGUCGUCAAAACUUCUUCGUUCUGGAGCCUGGUCAUUGGAUUGGUAGUCGCUUGUACGGGAUAUGCUAUGCCUUACAACUUUACCUCUCAGUGGACGCGGCUCCACUUCCCUGAACUCAGACCGAUUCUCCUCGCCCUCCCUGUCACUCUCAUGGGCUUCACUGUCUGCAUAGGUAGAGCCAUGAUCGGUCUCGUCGCGGAUUACCUCGGCCCCAUGAACACCUUCAUCCUCUGCUUUCUCCUCUCGGGCGCCGUUCAGCUCUGCCUUUGGCUUACGGCUUCGUCCUUCGCGUCGAUUUUGGUAUUCGCGGUAGCGUUUGGCCUGGUGGCCCCCGGAUAUAUGGGUAUCAUCCCACAGAUCAUCGUACAACUGUUUGGAGCGGAUAAUCUGGCAACCAAUGUUGGUAUUCUGCUUCUGUUUAACGGUCCCGGGAAUCUAAUCAGUGGCCCUAUCGGUGGCGCUCUCUACGACUCGAGUGGCCGAACCACGUUCAAAUACAUGAUCAUCACCAGCGGGUGCUUGCAGCUCGCUGGUGGACUGAUCUGCUGUUGGGCUCGAUUCAAAGCUAGCCACAAGGUGUUUAAGAGACUAUGA